CUCCAUUACUGUUGUUGGAUAGUUUUUCUUUUAUUUAUUUAUUCAUUCAUUUCUUUUAUAUAUAUUUAUAGAUAUCAACAAUAACAAAAAAAAAGUAAUAAAAUAUGAUGUCAGAUAUUUUACCAAAAUCUGUUGGUCGUUACAUCAAAUACAUUAUUUUCACUUAUGCAAUGAUAUCUCUUGUAUAUACUGCAGUCCGUUUUUAUAAUAUAUCUGGUAAUCUACAUACAAGAGCAAGAAGGAGUAUAGAGGAUUCAUUAAAUCCAGUUGAAGAAACUUUCUUUGUUGCUCCCUUUGCGGAUGAAAUAAUGGAAGAAGACGAAGAACUAAAGUCAAUUGUUUAUUUUGACGACCAAAUGACAUCUGUGCUAGAUAAUGAACCAGAACCAGUGAAUACUCUCAAUACAGUUAAUUCAGUUCUGCAAUCCAAAACGUUUUCAGGCGCAAUGGGCCCUUCUGAAAUUACUCCUUAUUAUAUUAAAGCUACUGAAAAUUUUAAUACAGAAGAUAUCUCUAUCUCUACAAUUGUGACAAAUGAUCGAUUCCCUAUAUUAAGUAGAUUAGCAACCAAAUAUCAAGGACCUAUUUCGGCUGCAAUUCAUAUUAAUGACGAUGAAAAAAAGAAAGCCGUGUUAGCUGAACUUGAUGAAUUAUUCGAAGAAAAUCCAUACAUGAAACGUUAUGUGGAUGUGCAUUUAAUUGUUGAUAAAUAUGAUAGACAAUUCAACAUGUGGAGAAAUGUUGCAAAACUCUAUGCUCGUACUGAUUAUAUCAUGAUGCUUGAUAUUGACUUUUAUCUUUGCACUGAUUUCAGAAAGGUGAUUCUUGAAAACCCUGACCUGAUGGCUAUGUUAAAUGAAGGACAUACUGCCUUUGUCAUUCCUGCCUUUGAAUAUAUUGCCCAAUCAGAUGGAUUUGACUAUACACAUUUCCCAAAGAGUAAAGAUGAAUUGCUAAAAGAAGUUUUUGAAGAUGAAAAACUGGACAUGUUUCAUCGUAGUUGGGAAAGAGGUCAUUCUUCUACAAAUUACCAUAAAUGGUAUACUGCUACAGAACCUUAUCGUGUUGAAGAAUAUAACUUUUCUUAUGAGCCCUAUAUUGUCUUCAAGAGACAAACCUCUCCUUGGUGUGAUGAACGUUUUAUUGGUUAUGGUGCUAAUAAGGCUGCUUGUUUAUAUGAAAUCUAUAUAUCUGGUAUUGAUUUCUAUGUGCUUCCAAAUGAUUUUAUUAUUCAUCAAUCCCAUGCAUACCCUGAAGCUGCUCGUAAAAGAGAACGUACGUUUAAUAGAAAAGUAUAUACUAACUUUCGUGAAGAACUUUGUCUUCGUUAUGCUCGUCAGUUCAUAGCCAAUGGUGAUUGGAAUAUUUCUAUUUCAAAUAACUUGCGUACUGAAUGUAUGAAAAUACGUGAAUUUUCUAAUGUCAUUCAAGCCAUUGAUCAAUAGCUUGAACAAAUGAUUCCUUUUACCAAAGUUCUUUAUAGUAUUUUCUAUACAUAUAUAUAUAUAUAUAUUAUUUAAUUUAUGUAUUAUUUCUAUCUAGUCUUUUCUUUAAACUAUUUAAUUUAUCUUUCCAU